AUACAGUUUUCAUUGUUUCAGAUACGUUCAACAAAAAACAAAUUCACCAGUAGACAUGCGAGUGGGAAUUCACACAGGUGCAGUGCUGGCGGGAGUUUUAGGUCAGAGACAAUGGCAAUUUGACGUGUAUUCGAAAGAUGUCGAAUUAGCAAACAAAAUGGAAAGCAGUGGAAUGGCCGGGAGAGUACAUAUAUCGGCGACAACUUAUUCGUUCCUGAAUGGAGAAUUUGAAGUCGAACCAGCGUAUGGGGAAAAAAGGGAAGAAAGUUUAAGGAUAGCCGGAUUAAAAACGUAUUUUAUCGUUCGAGUAUUAAAGCCAUACCAGCCUGAGCCGAAGACCGAAGUACAAAACGGUGGCCGCAUAAUACCCGAAGAAGACAGUUGCGUAAUUGCCGACUUUGCCUCCGAUAGUAAGGACGAGGGAGAGGACUCUUUAGUCACGUCAAAAACUCGCCAAGAUUCCGAAGACUUUAAAAAUAGAUUAAAAAAGGAAUUGGUUAGUAGAGAAAGUCACAGAGAGCUGUUGAAAAAUACGAGAAUGCACUCCUUGAGAUUUAUAAAGCCGGAGUUAGAAAAAUCGUACCAGCUUCACAGCGAAUCAUUUUCCAAUAUCACCCUACAAGCAUUCUUAGUGGUGAGAUUAGCGAUCGGUGUUUCGCAAUUUAUCGUACUUCCAAGAAGACUUAUGAAUUUUCUUUCGUUUGUAAUCGGCAGCUUUCUACUUAUGAUUAUUUCCGCAAUUUCGUUGGUGGAGUUCCUUCCGGAGCCAAUUUCCAUUUGCCUAAAGUCGUGUUUCCGGAAGAUCAAUGAAUCAAUUUUAAUGCAAAGGGUUUUGUCCAUAACUUGUAUAGUGUUACUUACGACCCUCAAUAUUACCGAUACGAUAUCCUGUUCGCCUUUAAAUUUAGGGCAGGUGCAAGAAAACUGCUCUUUAACGGAAGACACAAACGCAGCAUGCCUUUAUCCUUCGUAUUUUAGUUUCUUUACCGUUUUAAUACUGAUUGCAUCCGCAAUUCCCGCUUCUCUUUCCUAUCUAUGUAAAACCCUUUUUAUGGUCUUAAUUACGGCAGCUCACUGCGUUGUUAACGUUAUUUUAUUAGCGCCCGCUCUCGAUUGCGAGGAAUCUCGAAAGCAUUGGUCCAACUUUACCAAAAGCAAAUACACGCUAUCAGGAUUAUUGGUAACAGCCACCCUCGCUCUCAUAUUUCUGGCAAGACAUAUGGAGGAGGUUUCUAGGCUUUUAUUUCUCUGGCGCUCAGAGGUGAACGAACAACGAGAACGUGCCUCAGAUAUGCGAAGGAGAAACGAGGCACUAGUUUACAACGUGCUGCCGCCACAUGUGGCCGCGCAUUUUAUGGGAAAUAGGAAAAGACAGCACGACGAAUUAUAUUCGCAGAGCUAUGCAGAAAUUGGUGUCUUGUUUUCCUCUAUGCCUAACUUUUCCGAUUUUUAUUCCGAAGAGACUGUGAACAAUCAAGGGUUGGAGUGUUUGAGAUUUCUAAAUGAAGUUAUUUCGGAUUUUGACGCGGUGAGGAAGCUUUUUUUUAUAAUUAUCCAUUCGCCUCGGAAAAUGCAUCUCCACCAGGAUAUUGACUAUUUAUUCCAUAUGCAAUAUUCAUUGAUUUAAAAAAAUGGGUGUUCACGGUUUGGGAAACAACGAGCUCAUAAGCAACAAAGGUUCAUGUUCGCCUCGAUCCAUUUCAUUAAG